AUGUUCAGAGCAAAGACCCUCACAUCCCCCACUAUAGGGCAUCCCCUCUUUAUUGCGGCAGACGGUCAACCCACCUAUGUGAAAUAUGAUGGGCAGCACACUAUUCAUUCUAAAGACUACCCUCCACCCAGCGCUGCUGUAGCUAGCAAGUCUAGCAUCACAAUUAUUACCACCACCGACUCUGAUAGUGAAGACUUGGCGCAUAUGCCUUGCACCCCUACUCCCCGCACAGAAGUAUGGGAAAGGUUAUGCAAGGACACUAUGGAUCACUACCAGAAUCAACGCCCCCGUUUUCCUGCAUCUUACCCGCUUGUUCAUCUUGAACAUCAUGCCAAUCAUGGAGACAUUGUUAUGGUAGAAUACGAGGAAGAAACUGAGGAAGUUCGCUACAUUGCCACCCUUCGUGUCGCAAUUACGCACAAAUUUUUCUUCAUUCAGCUCAAUGCCUACACCAUCAAUCAACGCCGCUUCCAGGCUUUCCAUUUCAUCUUCCCUUCCCUAAUUGUGCGCAUUCCUAGCAGGCUUUGCAAAGUGCCCAUUCCAAAGGAGUUGGUAGAACAUUACUGCCCUUUCAUUUAUAAAACAGUACCUGUUUAUAACGCGCCACCUACCCUCACUCUAUGGGGAUCUAUCAUCUCAAGCGUUUAG